AAGCAUCGCGACAGCAAGGGGGCCGAACGGAAAUGACCCGGAACACUUUCGCGCGCAAUCGCGCACCCGCCCAGUUCAGCGCGCCGGUUACUACUCACAGCGUGCACCGGUUAUCAUCUUGUCAGAAACAUACUUCCAGUACAUAAUUGUCAACUCCUGAGACAGUAGCCGCUGACAAAUAUGGACAGAGCAGUGUGAGCUGGGCGGAAGGUAGCACGGCCCUGGGGUAGGGCCAGGACAAAAGACCGAUACAAUAGCCUCUGCUUGCAUCGGGAAAAUUACUGUUCGGGAGGGCUUGCUGGAAGGACGCAGUCCCCGCCUUGUCGCGCCUUCUUCUGCAACCAUGAGGCCGGAGAGCCGGGAGCAGCCAAAAGGGCAAAGGCGCCAAGCGACAGCCCACAAGCCUGCCGAAGCCGACCUGGGAAGUCCCUUGUUUUUAAGAAACGAGGUCGGCAAUUCGCCGUUGCCGCCGAUGGGCUCGCCUCUGCAAUAUGGGGUCCAGUCGCCAUGUAAGUAUCCCCUCUUCCUGGAGUCGUCCACACCGCGAGCUACGCCGCGCUCUGCCGCCCCACGCGACAACAACUCCAAGCCCAGCGACUUGGAGUCCUCGCAGCGCAUGCCCUUCCGCUCGCCGUUCAGCCCGAUGCGGAAUCAUGCGCCCAUGGCGCUUGGCGCCACGCAGACGCCCACGCCGCGCCGCGGCGGCGUCAUAAGCGUACUCACGCUGCUCGGCGGAGGCCGCCACACCGUUGCCGGUGCCGACAUCAAGCCCGCUGACGGGGCCAGCCACGGCGCCGGGGGCGCCUGCGCCGCCGCGCCCAGCGCCGCGGGCACCGGCAGCACCACCGGCGCGGCAAGCGACGGCUUCGCCGCCGCCUCCGGCCUGGGCGGCGGUGCCGGCUGUGGGCCGGGCGCGGGCUGUCAGCCUGGCACGGAGGGUCCGGCGCUGCCGCCCCGGUCCGAGACGCCCACGGCGGCUGGCAUGGCCCAGUGCACCGCCGGCUUCUUUUCGCCCAAUGCUGACAUGGACGCCUUUUUCCGCCUCGGAUCACCCAUGUUCGCCACUCCCGCGCGCUUCACCUCGACCGACCUCGGCUCGCUGGCGCCCUUCCCGCUCGCCGGCUCCACGCCCACCGCCGCCAUGCUGCUCUCGCCGCUGCCCGGCCUCGCCGGUCUCGGCACCCUCAAGUCCGAGGUCGGAGCUGACCUCGCAGAGCCCACGGGUGCCAGCGGCGCCGGCCGCCGACGCGGCAGGUAUCUGGAUUUCUCCGGGGGUGCGGGCGCUGCAGGAGGCGAGGGCGGUGAGGUCAGCGGCGCCAACGCCGCGGCGGGCCAGCACCAGCAGCACCAGCAACAACAACAGCAACAGCAAGACCAACAGCAGAUGCAGCUGCCGGCGCGUGGUUUGCCGCCGCCCCUGCCGCCGCUCCCGCCACUGCCGCACUUCCCCUCGGGUAGCGUCAACGGAGGCGUGCCGCCGCCGCCCGGCGCGCCGGUGCUGCCGCCCCAAGGCUGGGGCCUCCCGCCACCGCCGGCGCUGGCCAUGCUACAGCCGCCGGCGCCGCAGCAGCAGGCCGGGCAGCCGAUGCAGGUGGACGGCGCAGAGGUUCGCUACAGCUCCCAGCUGCCGGGCAUGAGCUCGCUACUGCCGUUCAGCAGCUCCACCGGCGGCGGCAGUGCCGGCAUGGGCGGAGUCGGCGUUCGCGGCGGGCUGCUUAGCACCGGCAGUGGCAGCGGCAGCCUUGAUGGUAGCGGCGGACUGGGCGCUGGCGGCGGCAGCGGCAAUGGCGGUGACAUGUUUGGCAGCCGUGACAGCAGCCCUGACAUGGAAUCUGGAGCCGGCGGCGCUGUCGGGCGCGGUUCGGCGGCGCGGCAGGUGCUGCUGCCGCCGCCGGCACCGCUCGACGUCCCGCCGCCGUCCGGCGUGCCUUCGCCCGUUGAGUACUGGGACACCGUCGGCGUGGACGUCAGGCACCCGGCGUCAGGCGGCGACGCCGUUGCAGACGCGGUCGCGAAUGCCCUCGCCGCUGCCACGGCAGCCGCGUCAGCAGUCGCGGUGCAACACCAGCACCAGUCACAAAGGCCAAGCAGUAGCCACCAGGACGCCUCGUUGCCACCUGCAGCCCGGCAGCGCAACGGCGGCGGCAGUACCACCACCUCCGCCAGCGCGCCGCCUCCGCAGCCGCCACCGCAGCAGCAGCCUCGGCAGCAGCCGCGGUCGGCGGCUGCAGCCUCCACAGCCGUGGCGGCCUCGCCGGCGACGCUGCAGCGGCCGCAGCGCAACCGCAUUGCAAACACCAUGCUUUACGGCACGACGGCGGUGGUUGGCGGCGGCAGCGGCGGCGGUGGUGCCGGUGGGCGAUCCACGCCAUCGCUCAUGGAUAUCUCCGUGUUGGAUUCGGACGCGCCCUCCUCCAUGGACGCCAAGCGCUCCAGUGCCUCGGGCGGCAACCGCGCCCGGCGGCCGUCCGACAGCGGCGCCAAGUCGUGUCGCUGCAAGAAGAGCCAGUGCCUGAAGCUCUACUGCGACUGCUUCGCUGCGGGCCAGUUCUGCGGCGCCUGCUCCUGCGCCUCCUGCCAGAACCGCCCCGAGUACGCGGACCGGGUGCAGCAGCGCCGCGAGGACAUCGCCGCGCGCGACCCGCAGGCCUUCACUCGCAAAAUCAUGGACGCGCCCGGUGGCGGCGGCGGCAAGCACAAGCGCGGCUGCAACUGCAAGCGCAGCCACUGCCUCAAGAAGUACUGCGAGUGCUUCCAGGGCGGCGUCAAGUGCGGCAUGCAGUGCAAGUGCCUCGAGUGCGAGAACAUGGAUGACGACGCGCUGGGAGGAGGAGGAGGAGGCGGCGGAGCCGGCGGCGCAGGCGCGGCGGCGAUGGCUGGGGCCGCCAAGCGCACUGGCAACGCUCGCCAGGCCGCGGCCGCCGCCGCCAUGUCGUCCGGCAGCUGGGGCCGCGGUGGCCACGCCGCGUCCGUCUCCGCCACCGCCAGCGACGACGACGAGCGCUCGCCGCCGCCUCCGCCCGACCUGCCGCUGCCGCUGCCGCUGCCGGCCGCCGCCGCCAUGAUGGCGGCCGCUGGCGGCGGCGGCGGCCUGCCGCCGCCGCCGGGCCUAACGUCCAUGGCCUCGGGCGGCGUCGUCGGCGGCGGAGGCCUCAGCGGCUAUACCGACGCGGGCCCAGAGGCAGGCCUGCCGCUGCCGCAGCCGGCGGCGGUUGAGGCGAUGGUGGCGGCGGCCGCCGCCGCCGGCGCGGCCAGCGCCGUCAAGCCGCCGCGUGGCGGCGCGCCAGUCGGCGGUGGCGGCAGCAGCAAGGCUGGCGGCGGGGCGCGCAAGCCGCCGCUGCCAAACUCGCGCGGCGGGCGUAGCCGUGCCAAGGCCAAGCCAUGGGAGAUGGACACGGAUGACGAGGAAGAUGCGGCGGCGGGAAUGGCGGCGGCGGAGGCGAGUGACAGGGGUGAAAGUGGCCCUGAGGAGGGAGAGGACCGGCUUCCGCUUCCGCUGCCCGCCUCCGCGGGAGGGGCAGCGGGGCCGGCCGGCCUGCUGCCCAUGCCUAUGCCCGCGCCUAGGCACGCGCAGAUGCAGAUGCCGCUAGGGGCGCUGCCGUUGCCGGCGCAGCAACACCAGCAGCCGCAGCAACACGCGGCUGCGGCUGCGCCGCCACUGCCUGACAGCAUCCUGUUCCCGCAGCGGCAGGCGCAGGCGCAGCGCCACGACACCUAUCAACAACAACAACAACAGCAGCACCAACAACAGCAGCACCAACAACAGCAGCACAACCAACAAUACCAACAACAACAUUACCACCACCAAGAGCAACACGCGGCCGACGGACAGACCGCACGCUUUGGCGACUUGCCCGGUGUUAAACAGGAGCAAGAGGCCGCUGGGCUUGGCGCCACUGCUGCCGGCCACUUCUCGGCACCGGCCCAGCACCACCAGCACCACCAACAGCACCAACAGCACCAGGCGCCGCCACAGCUAGAGGAGGCGAUGCAGCUUCCACGCAUCCACACCUCCUUCCAGCCGCAAUCACUGUCGCAGCACGCAAACCCGCAGCAGCACCACCACCACCAACAGCACCAACCGCACUCGGCUGAGCCGCCUGUGCCGUCCCAACACCAACCGCAACAACAACAAGAGCAGCAUCAGCACCCAGGGCCGCAGCAGCGCGAAUUCACCCAGUCUGGAUUCCAGCAGCAACAGCCGCAGCAACAGCCGCAACAACAGCCGCGGCAGCCGCCCACGGCGACGGCUGCGGCGGCGGCGGCGGCCCUGGCCGCUGACCUAUCUGCCUGCACCACCCCUCUGUCUGCGGCACUGGCGGCGGCAGGUUUCAACUUCGACGCCGGCACGCCCAACGCCGCGGCGGCGUUGGCCGCAUUCGACCUCGGAGACCUGCCAGCGGCGCUGCUCAUGGCCACGCCGCCCACCGUCGGCGCCGGCAACGCGGCGGCAGUUGCUGGCGGCGGCGGCGGCGGCGGCGUGGAGCGGGAGGCGGCGGGCGCCGACGUCAAGCCGGGCCGGGACCAACGCACCGCUGACCACACUGCCGCUGAUGCGAAUGCGGAUGCCCACACCGUAGUGCGCUGCCAGCCUGCAGGUAGCGAGCCCGCAGCCGCCGGUCGCGGCGCCGGCGGCGCUGCGGCGGCAGCUUGCGCUCGCAGCAGCCUGCUGCCCAUGUCGCCGAUGGCGCCCGCCACCAUGCUGGCACGACACGCCAUCCUGGCCGCCGACAGCGACGACGAGGAUGCUGGCGGCGACGGUGGCGGCGGUGGUCGCGGUGGCGGCGCCAAGGUCCAGGGGGCGGCCGCGGCCAUGGCCGCCGCCGCCGCCGCCAGCGCGCUGGCGGCUGGCGUUGUGUUGCCGCGGCAGGAUCAGUCUCAGGCGGCCGCCGCCGCCGCCGCAGAGGCCGGCGGCGGCGUGGCGCCGAUGGCGAUCACGCCGCGGCGGCGCGGCCAUGGCGCCAGCGCGUCGCUGGAUCUGGAUUUCGACGUUGACCUGGGCCUGGCCAUGGCCGAGGAGGAGAUGGCCGCAGCGCAUCCCGGCGACGACUUUCAGGCGCUGCUGGGUGGCGGCGGCGGCCGAAAUGGCGGCGGCGGCUGUGGCGGCGCCGACGCCACGCUGGUGUGCGCCGAGCUGCUCGAGAUCCACGGGUCAUUGGAUCACAUGCCGCCCGUGCCCAUGCCGGACAGCAUCCUCGGCGGCGGCGGCGCGCUGCGCGUGCGCACUGGCGCCGCCGCUGACUGCUCCACGCCGCGCCGCCUGUCGCGCUUCGCGCCGCCAGGCUCCGCCACGGCCGCGGCGGCCGCGGCGGCGGCAGCGGACUCGCACUUCCAUGGCGGGCUGACUGCGUCGCGCCGUGCCGCGGCGGCGGCAGCCGCCGCCGCCGUUGCCACAGCCGGCGGCAGCGUGCACACGCUGGCGGCGCCGGUGCGCACCUGCUCGGCAUCGGCGGCGAUGGCCGGUGUGGGCGCCGAUGCGCGCGCGCACGGCGCCUCUCGCAUCACCGGCGCCAAGCGCAAGGCGGGCGCCGCCACCGGCAGCGAUGAUGACUCGGAUGGCGACACUGAGUACCGGCCCGAUGUGCCCUCGCCGCAGCACCGCUCCGGCAACCCCGCGAGACAGCCCUCCGCCCGCCAGGCAGCGCGCGCCGCCGCCGCCAGCGGCGCAGGCGCCGCCAAAGCCGGCGCCAAGGCGGGUGCGAAGGGCGGCGCGGCGGCAGCCGGCGGCGGAGGCGGUACUAAGAGCAACGGGCCUGACAAGGAGGCGAUGAAGGCGAUUGCGCUGCAAUACAUGACCCAGCGCCUAGGAGGCGGCGGGCCGCCGUGCGCGCCGCCUGGCGUGCCGGCGCCGACGCCUGGGCCCGCGCCGGCGCCGGGUCAGCUGCCGCUGCCGGCAGGGCUUCUGCCAGUGCCGGCGCCAGUACCGCUCAGCUCGGUACCGGGCGCAGGCGCCGCUGGUAUCCCGCCUCGGCCGUUGGCUGCGGCGGCGCAGCCGCCAGCGGGACCGCCGCCUCCGCCGCCGCGCGCGCCCUCUCCGGCCGCUGUGCCCGCACCUGACCCGCCGUCACACCAGCAGCACGCAGCUGCCGAGGCGGGGCGGCGGCGGCCCACCAGCCCCGACCUGUGCAGCCCGCCCGCCACCCUGACCGCGCCCGGCGCAGGCCUGGGCCUGGGCCUGUCGCAGCCGCCGCCGCACCAACAGCAGCAGACGCAGACAGCAGCCAGCACCGCUCCCGCUCCUGCUGCCGCCGCAGCUGCUGCUGGCAGCAGUGCUGGUGGCGGCGCUGCAGCUUGCGGCGGCGGCGGCGGCGGCAAGGGCCUGACGUGUCUGACGUCGCUGACGCGGCUGACGCCCAUGACCAAGCUGGGCAGCGGCAGCACCCUGUUCUUCUCGCCAGGGGGCCGGUAGCUAGCGUGCUGCCGUCGCCGUUGUUUGUACAGAGAAACGGAGCGGACUGCUGUGUUUUGGCACUUGCAAAAUUUAAUCUGAGCACUUGAGGCAACGCGAGCACGGGAGUGCUUGUAUGUACUUGUGUGUGUCUUGCGCUUGCGAUGAGAUGGGUUUUGGCGAGUCGCUUCCAGCGUGAGUCCGGCAGCCGCUGACUGAAGAGCUGAGGUGAGGUGCUGGCGCGCCUAGGGGUCCAAAGUUGAGUUGUUCAGUUUGUGCGUGUGGAGACUGUUGUGCGCGGACGACGGUGAUCGGCACCGUGGGUGGCCUGGCGUAUGGUGCCGCACCCACAUGUGCAACGUGUGGUUUAGAGUGUGCGAAUGUGCGCACGUGCGUGGGCAGGAGGUGGCUGUAUGUGCAGAAUCAUGUGGUGCGCGCGAGCGGUUAUGUCGUUGUGCGGUUCGCGGAAACGCGGGCAAAUGCGACUGGAGCUUCUUUCACAUGGGUAUCGUAUUCGAGGCAAAGAGCCGAAGAGGUUACACACAACAUCUGCAGGAGGGAGAGGAGACAUAAAUAAUAUGCGUGGUGCGGACAGCUCCACAGCAGGCACACACAUGCAUGCAGGGGGGCGGCUGGCUGGCCUGCGGAACCGAUGACACGACGCUGCGUGUGCGGCGCGGUGUGUGGCGUUUUUUGUCGCAGCAGAAUCUUGACUGCGGCUCCGGACGGACAUGACGGCCGCUGGGUGCGGGCACGCCGGCCCACUUCGGGUUGUUAGGGCUCGGCUGGCCCAGGCUAAGAUAUGUUGCAUGGGUGACUGACACGGCCAGCUGCCAUCACCCGUUGGGUGGUGGGUGCGUGGCGGAGGCUGCCAGCCCGCAAGUGACCGACGGCACGGGAGUGAGGAGGCGCAAAAGGAUGAUGCGGCUCCACUGCAUUGUGACAGUGAAGUGCACGACUGCAUAUGAUACUGUGGGCCUGACUUGCUUGCAGACACGUAGCUGCUGGCAGGCACGUCGAGGGCCCUGCUGCCCAGGGUUCUGCCGUGGGGUGCGUGGCGCCUGUGGGUGAACCCCGAGCGAGCGCGUGUGGUGGGCGAAACGGGUGGUGGCGGGGAGGAGGCGUGACCAGCGUAGACUGGUGGAGGCGUGACCCGGCCAGUGACUCGACUCGACCUUGAAUGAAAUUUGGGCGUGUGGGGGAGUGGUGGCGCGGUGUUGGGGAUGGAUUACAAGGAACUUGUGAAGGGGAUCAUGGAGGAUGCAGAGAGCGGGUGAGUUAUGCGGACGUGGCACCGGGCAGCGAGUGGCGACGUAAGCGGCGCAGACCGGAGUGUACCAUAGUUGUUUGUCUCGCGUGUGUGCCUCUGUGCUGUACGACGUCUCGGCGUGGCGUUAACGGUGGCAAGCAAGAGGUGUGACUGGCCAACAGCCACAUUGCAAGGUGCUGAGGGAAGGAAGCGGCCCCGGGACACGGGAGCAGGCAGGCAUGGCCUUACGAGAGGGAGGUGUGGCUGUGACGGCCGUGGAAACGCGUGUGACGGUAACGGUGCAAGUAAGGGCGAAGGGGACGACGACCGAAACAAGACGAGUGCCACACAUGCAUGAAUAACAACUGUGAAGUAACUUGUAAAUAUGAAUUCUG